GUGAGAAUGGUACAUACAAACUGAUCAAGAUGUCACUGGCCGAUAUCUGGAGCCAUGGCUGGGAGUUGAGGAUCAAUAACUUUGCUGACAAGGAGAAGAUGCCGCAUAUCGAGAAGGAUAUACGCAAUCAGUUCCAAGUUUCACUUUCGCAAUCGAAUUGGGACUCCCCGAAGUAUGCUACCAAAAAAAAGAGCUCGAGAGAUUUCAAUAUCGCUGGCACGCAAGGCAAAACAGAGUCUGUGGAACAACAACAAGCAUUUUGUGUACUGGUGCCGGUACGGUAGCCGCCAGCAGGAUGUCCGCAAGCGACAGAUGUCGGAGUGCGUGAAAUGGGGCAGCGUUGGCAUGAAUGCGGGCAUGUUGCUGGUGCUAAAUAAUAGACAGAAAUGCUAUUCCCACUCAAAGUAACCGCCCGUUUGCGCCCCCCACCCCCUCUACUCCACUCAUAAUGAAAACAAACAAAAAAGAAACACAAGUAUUCAAAGUAAAUUCCGAUGAUAAGAGAUGGCCCCGGCCUCCAAAAAGCAGCAAACAAAAUUUGCAAAUAUGUGUAAAGAUUUUAAGUGCAAUUCAGAUCAGGGUAAGCACACACACACGCAAACAUACACAUACAUAGAAGAAAGGCCCCCAUGGGAGAAAGAGUGUAGUAUGUUCAUUUGGCAGUAUUAAAAUACCAUGAAAAAUACCAGAGACACACAUUAAACGAGACACAACUGUACGCCAACCAAACACACAAUCCCCCCUCAAACAAAACUGUUGCAAACUAAACUGUCCAUCAAGGAGACACCAAAAUCGUUAACAAAAAAAACAAAUAAAUACUUUUGUAUAUUGGGCAAACACAAACACAUACACAGAAAGAGAGAGAGAGACACACACACACUGUGAAAUUCGAAAAGACUUAUUAACUAUUUGUUUUUUUUUGUCAUUAUUUUUUGUUUUCUUGUGAUUAUUAUUAUUAUAUUAUAUUACUAUAUUAUAUUUAUAUACUACAUUGUGAAUGGCAAGCAUAUGUGUUUUCUUUGUUAUUUAAGCAUUUUAAAAAUAAGCGCAAAAAAAAAAAGAAAGCAUAGGAUUAGCAGGAUUAAGACAUUCGAAAUGUUUCGUUAUGUAUUUAAUUACGGGAUACCCCACCCCCCAGACGACUCGGAAAUACGGAAAUGGUAAACGAACAGGAGACAAAAAUACGAUAAAACUAAAAAAAACAUA